ACCGACAGUGAGUGAAUGAAUUAGAAACUGAAUUGGAUUAAGAAGAAUGCAGCGAGGCCGGCUGUGUACGUAGCUCGCCGUGCCUUAGGCGCUUGCAGAUUUCCCGCAGGUUACGAUUCUCGACCAACGCAAAUCUAUGGGUCGAGGUGUCUCGUUGGCAGGGCGAAGAUGCUCGAGCGCCUCGGUUCCAGUUAUUGCGAUCACGUUUCUCAGUCUUGCAACGCCGCCUUCUGAGAGAAGCACUUGAAUGAGCGCCGGUGCUGAAGAAGACCCUCGGCGAAGGUGUCAGUCGCAGGAAAAUCCCAAAAUCAUGCAGCAAAAGCAGAGAGGAAAAGAUGUGAGUGGAAGCACCGAGGAGCGGAGAUAACGGGGACAGAGGGCCACGUGAAAUUCUAGCCCGACGCGGCGCCUCAUGUGCUGAAUGUUGCUGUCUUUGGACUCGCCGGCUUGCUGCCUUGAAGCGGUGCAGGAGAUCUUGGACACGCCACUGAGAGGGAUCGGGGCUGCCUCGCUGGUCCGGCGGAGGCUUGCCGACUUGUCGACGCUGCAGAGGACUGUCGAGUUGCGCGCGGAAUGGGCUGCGCCCCCAGUAUUCACGUCUCUCAGAGCGGGGUGAUCUACUGCAGGGACUCGGACGAGUCCAACUCCCCGCACCAAACCACCACUAUCUCCCAGGGCACCGCAGCUACUCUACAUGGCCUCUUCAUUAAGACCGACGCCGCCGAGUCCAUCCCGUCAGUGCUGGCUUACCAGAGCCGGCACACCCGCACCAACUCCCGCCGAGAACGCAGGGACAACAGCGGGGGACAGUGCUGCAUCGAGGCCGAGACCCAGACCAGUCACACCAGUGUUAAGGUUUCUGCGACUGAGGUGCGUUUUGGUCCCAUGAGAGUGUCGCAAGAGCCAAUUCAGGUUCUUCUGGUCUUUGCAAAAGAGGACAGUCAGAGUGAUGGAUUUUGGUGGGCUUGUGACCGAGCUGGAUAUCGGUGCAACAUUGCUAGAACUCCAGAGUCAGCACUUGAAUGUUUUUUAGACAAGCAUCAUGAAAUAAUUAUUAUUGACUCUAGAAAUUCACGAUAUUUUGAUGCAGAAUCUGUUUGCAGGUCAAUUCGUGCUACAAAACCCUCUGAACACACUGUAAUACUAGCCAUCGUGCCUCAAAUACAGCCUGAUCAAGAAGAAUCCUCUGUUCUGCCUCUUCUUAAUGCAGGAUUUAAUAGGAGAUUUGCGGAAAAUAACAGCAUAAUGGCUUGCUACAAUGAGCUCAUUCAGCUGGAACAUGGAGAAGUGCGGUCACAAUUUAAGCUAAGAACCUGUAAUUCCCUGUUUACAGCACUGGAGCAUUGUCAAGAAGCAGUGGAGAUAACUAGUGAAGACCAUGUCAUACAGUAUGUGAAUCCAGCCUUUGAACGCAUGAUGGGGUACCAUAAAGGAGAAUUAAUUGGGAAAGAGCUAACAGAGCUACCCAAAAGUGACAAAAACCGAGCAGACCUCCUGGACACAAUAAAUAUGUGCAUUAAAAAAGGGAAGGAGUGGCAAGGGAUUUAUUAUGCACGACGGAAAGCAGGAGACAACAUACAGCAACAUGUUAAAAUAACACCGGUCACUGGGCAGGGAGGGAAAAUUCGACAUUUUGUAUCAAUCAAAAGACUGUGCGGUGAAAACCAAAAACAGGUAUACAAAAUACAUUGUGAUGAGAAACACAUUGGAGAAAAUUUCCAUACAGACUCUUUCAGACAUAAAGAUCGAAGGAAAGAAUCAGUUGACGUCAGGUCAAUAGCAUCAAGAGGAAGUGAAGCUCCAAGUCUACAGAACAGAAGAUACUCGUCAAUGGCAAGAAUACAUUCAAUGACUAUUGAGGCACCCAUUACAAAGGUCAUCAACAUUAUUAAUGCAGCCCAGGAGAACAGUCCUGUUACCGUAGCAGAAGCCUUGGACAGAGUUUUAGAAAUCCUCAGGACAACAGAGCUAUACUCACCUCAGCUGGGCACCAAAGAUGACGACCCACACACCAGUGACCUUGUGGGAGGCUUGAUGACAGAUGGCUUACGGAGACUUUCAGGAAAUGAAUACGUCUUCUCAAAAAACAUGACUGACAGUCACAGCCAGAUGGUGGUGCCCAUCACUCUUAAUGAUAUCCCCCCUCAAAUUGCACAACUGUUGGAUAUGGAAGAAGAGUGGGACUUCAACAUCUUUGAAUUAGAGACAGCCACUCAUAAAAGGCCCCUCACUUACCUUGGACUGAAAAUCUUUGCCCAGUUUCGAGUGUGUGAGUUUCUGAGCUGCUCUGAAGCUUCACUGAGGUCCUGGCUACAAGUGAUUGAAGCUAAUUACCAUGCCUCCAACUCCUACCACAACUCGACACAUGCUGCAGAUGUCCUACACGCCACUGCCCACUUCCUUCGAAAGGAAAGAGUCAAGGGCAGUCUAGAUCAGCUUGAUGAGGUGGCUGCUCUGAUAGCGGCAACUGUACAUGAUGUCGACCACCCGGGGCGCACCAACUCCUUCUUGUGCAAUGCAGGCAGUGAACUUGCCAUCCUGUACAACGACACAGCGGUGCUGGAGAGUCACCAUGCAGCCCUAGCCUUCCAACUCACAGGACGCGAUAACAAAUGCAACAUCUUCAAGAAUAUGGAAAGGACUCAAUUUAGAACAUUACGGCAGUCAAUUAUCGACAUGGUGCUGGCCACAGAGAUGACCCGGCAUUUUGAACAUGUCAGCAAAUUUGUAAACAGCAUCAACAAGCCAAUGGCGGCCAUAGAAGAAACUAGCUCAAAUAGUGAAAGCAGUGACUGCGAUUGUCCGGCCAGCAUAAAGAACUCCCCAGAGAAUCGCCUCCUCAUCAAGCGCAUGCUGAUCAAGUGUGCCGAUGUCGCCAAUCCAUGCCGGCCACUGGAGCUCUGCAUAGAGUGGGCCGGGAGGAUUUCUGAAGAGUACUUCGCACAAACUGAUGAAGAGAAGAGACAAGGCCUUCCAGUUGUGAUGCCAGUGUUUGAUCGAAACACCUGCAGUGUUCCUAAAUCUCAAAUUUCCUUUAUUGAUUACUUCAUUACUGAUAUGUUUGAUGCGUGGGAUGCUUUUGCCAGUCUACCCAACUUAAUACAGCACUUGGCAGAAAACUACAAGUACUGGAAGACCUUAGACGAGAUGAAGUGUAAAGGCCUCCGACCACCACAGGAUCUCUCAUAGAACCAACAUGGUUUCCAUCUCACUGUGACUCCACGAGAGGGGAAAGCAAAAACAAAUAAAAAGGAUGACAACAAGGGGUCCAUUCUUUGUAUGCUGACAAGACAACCGAGGAGUUCCUGCUUCUGGGCGACAAAACUACAAAAUGCAAGAUGCCAACCAUUUUCCAUUUUUAAAAUUGGUUUUAGAGUUUUGCUUUCAUCUCAUAUUAAAAUGAAGGUAAAGCUAACAAAAUACCAAAUAUAAUUUCAAACAAUUCCACAUAAUAUUCUCAAAAAAGUCACGACAGACAUGAAUAAUAGUUUUGAUUGAAAAGAAAUGGUUUAUAGGAGAACACAUAUUGGCAGAAAUCAAAUUUGGGGAAUACAAUUUCUCCAGCAGUUCAUUUUGAUCUCUUGGUAUUAUUGUACAGGUCUACUGAACAACAAAUGGGGGUCCUUUUCUUUGAAAGCAUCCGUGUCUUCUGGCAUUCAGUCCAAAUGAGCUCUUAAGAACAAAUUUUCAGCCAUUAUUUUAAAUAAAAUAAUGUCUCAGUGCAAGAGCUGCACCAUGGGUGCUGACACAACGUCAAGAUAGAAUCACUUUCUGCAAUAAAUACACAUUAAAAAUGAGAGGGUUAAAGGGCGUAAAAGACAACGUGCUUUUCAAAUUUGUGCCAUUUUGCCAAAAUAUUUUUAGUUUAUGCUUCUGCCCUCACUUCCGUAGUCACAUUAGCAGCUGAGGUGCUAAAAUCCAGAAUAUCGUAAGAAGGCCAAUCCCAUGGGGUGCCCUGGUCUCCUCUUAAUGCUCAGAUGUACCCUUCUGCAAAAAAUACUUUUAGUAUUUAUCACUUGUUGUGCACAUUCAAUUGAAUAGAAGCCACUGGCCUUCAAAGGAAGCUUUUCAUAGUAUUGCUAAAAAUACUUUAUUAAACCCAUUUUGAUACCAUCAUGUAUUCAAUCAUUCAUUCAUUCUGCCACCUUCUUACUCUAAUAUUGGGGAGCUGCACAGCCUAAUCUGACCAUUAUGUGAAUAAGAAGUUAUUUAUUUAUUUAUUAUGGGUGUUUUUUAGAGUCUCUACCAUUCCUGCUUUUAUAAGACAGCUGUUAAUUUUGCAUGAUUUGAAACUCCUAUGUCAUGAUAGAAUAGAGUUACCUUUAACAAUAAGAAACCAUGACGGCAUCUGCUUAAGCCAGUAAAAUCAAACAUCAUCCAUGAGCGUCGACUUUGACGGUUUGAAGAUUGAGGUGGUGUUCAGCAUGUUGGACGCUCCACUAAAUUAACUGAACAAAGAAAAGCAUUUAAUUCUCACAAACCCUUACUUAAACCAGACAUGUGGGUUGUUAACUACACACAGUAACUUUAAGAAGGCAGCCUUUGCCAAGUCCAACACACAAAUUUAAGAGGCACAUGGUGAUCACUUUUAUCUUGAAUCCAUUGACCAAGGGGUUUCCUGGUCCCCAGGGAACAUCUUAAUGUUCAGAUGUACUCAUCUGCAAAAAAUACUUUAGCAUUUGUCACUUGUGCAGUUUGGAAAACACACAGGACACAGAAUAUGUAAAUAUCACACAUCCUUAGUUCAUUGACACUUUUAAUUGUGAAACUAAAUUAAACUCUACAAGUGAAUUAUCAUUUUCUUUUGCUGUGUUUAAUUGUGCAAAUUCCAGAUAUAUCAGAAACACUGAAUUAACAUUUCUUAAUAUAACAUCCAAUUUAUGGUCACAGGGGCUGUAGCUUCCCCUGACAGUAUAGGACUCGAUUAUAAUUUAAAUGAGAGAAAACGAGCACAUUCAUACAAGUGACACAUUUAUCAAAGCUAUGAGUUACAAGCCAUCUCAAGCAGUCUUGGACUAAACUGUUGAUCAGUAAUCACGGUCUUGUUUUCCCUUUGCCAUGAGCAGUGUGAUUGUUUCAAAGGAAGUACAUUAGCAGAUGUAUAAGCAGGAAGUGAUAUUUCCAUUUAAACCUUGUGUUCUGAAGAUAUGGCAAACAAGCAUUUGAAUUGGGACAUCCCAUAAAUAAAAUCAAACAUGAUAGGUGAGCUUCAGCUUUGACCGUUUGAAGAGUGAGGUGGUACUCAGUAUGCUAGAUGCUACAUAGGGCUCAUUGCCAUACUGCUUCCUCUCAAAUGCUGGCCACGUGUUAGCUGAACAGCAGAUCUUUGCUGCAGGCUUGUCUGAUGGCCAUCUUAAGCUAGUCGGUUGUGCAAGUAAACAGUUUUUAGCAAUACUAUUAAUGGCUUCCUCUGAAGCCCAAUGGCUUCUAUUCAAUUGAAUUGUGCAACUCGAAAUCCUCCCUGGCCCUCUGUCUCAACAGUACCAGCCUUUUAGACGCAAGACAAGGUGGUGGGGUAUAGGCCAGUAGCCUUGGUCUCCAAUUGUUCAUUUUUUCUAAGUGGUAUUUCUUGCCUCAUCUCCUUUCAUCUUAACUGUUUUUCCUAGUGAGGGCCAUGGUGGCAGCAGGUCAGCCCAGACUUACCUGACCCCUGCUAUAGAUUCCAGCUCUUUCACAUUCUCAAAUCAGCCGAGAGAUGUAGUCCAUUCAGCCUCCCCUAAGUCUGCCAUAGGACCUACGCCCAGUGGGAUGUGCCCAGGGCAGCUCUAUGGGGACACACUUACGGCAUUCCCAGACUUCCUCGACUGGCUCCUCUCACUCUAGAGGAGCAGCGACUUUACUCUUAGGCUCUCCUAAAUCGCUGACCUUCUCAGAGAGGCGGCCCGGCCACCCUAUGAAGAAACCUCAUUUCUGCCCCUUGUACUCGCGAUCCCAUUCUUUUGGUCAGUGCCCACAGGUGAGGACCGGGAUGUUGAUCGACCAGUAAAUCGAGUUUCAUCUUUAGACUCAACUCCCCAUUCACUGCCAUGGACCACUACAAGAGCUGCCGCUGCUACAACUGAUGUGUCGCUCUCACGGUCCCCUUUCCUGUUACUUAUGAACAAGAUCCAGAGACACUUGAACUCCUCCACUAAUUUGCCAACCCCCCAGCCAGGCGGGAGUAAUCUGGUCAUUUCUGCUAUCAAAGACAAAGGUGUAAGCAUCCUACCAACUUAUUAAACCCAUUUUGAUACCAACAUGUAUUCAUUCAUUCAUUCUGCCAAUUGCUUACUCAAAUAUUGGGGAGUUGAGCAGCUUGAUCUGACCAUUAUGUGAACAAAACGUUAUUUAUUUAUUUAUUUAUUAUGGGUGUUUUUUUGGAGUCUGUACCAUUCCUGCUUUUAUAAGACAGCAGUUAAUUUUGCAUGAUUUGAAACUCUUAUGUCAUAAUAGAAAAAUAAUUUCCUUUUACAAUAAGAAACCAUGAUGCCAUUUGCUUCUUUUUCUUCUUUUGGCCGCUCCCGUUAGGGGUUGCCACAGCAGAUCAUCCAAAGUUGUUGUCCGCAUAAUGAAUUGGCAAAAUUUUACACUGGAUGCCCUUCCUGACGUAACCCUCCCCAUUUAUCCGGGCUUGGGACCGGCGCGAAGAAACACACUGGUUUGUACAUCCCCUAGUAAAAUCAAACAUAAUCCAUGAGUGAAGACGUUUGAUGGUUUGAAGAAUAAAGUGGUGUUCAGCAUGUUGGACGCUCUGCUAAAUUAAUUGAACCGAGAAAAGCAUUUCAUUGUCACACAUGCUCACUUAAACCAGACGUGUGGGUUGUUAACUACAUAGAGUAACUUUAAGAUGGCUGCCUUUGCCAAGUCUAACACACAAAUUUGAGAUUUACAAGGCACACGGUGAUCCCUUUUAUUUUGUAUCCACUGACCAGGCUUCCAACCCGUGAAACAGGAGAUGGGUUGGAGGCUCCAUAUGCUUUUUUUUUUCUCCACAUUUACUUUUCAAGUAAGAUUUGAUUUUUAUUAUUAAGGGAAAAUGAAUAAUCAUAUGGGAUUUUAGUUUUUUUCAAAAAGAGAGUUUUUGUUUCUAGCUACGAAAUACUUCAUCAGCAUGAAUAACUUCCCAACAAGCUGGAAAGAAUAACAUGAGAGAAAGUCACAUCUCCAGAGCUGGACUGGUUGCUCAUGUACAACACGCGAGCCGCAUGGAGCUUGAAGAAAGACUCUCUUAUAACGUAGACGACUGCUCAGGGUCACAGCAACGGGGACUUAACACUCUUGUCAAUUAUGACGGCCAGCGUUUCAACUGUACCAUUAAACAAGCAAUCAACCUACUGAAUCUGCCGACCUCAGUUGUCUCUGACUUGAACUCAAAACUACUGCAGGCAUUGACUAAAGAACAUUAGCAGAUGUUGUGCUGAAAAUGAAUAAAAGGGAAUUUCUGCCUUUAAUAUGCUACUUCAUCUUAAUUUAAAAAAGGUGAAUAACUAAAGCGAAAAAGCAAACUCAUCCAUAGGACUAAUAUUCAGUUCUCCUUUUGUGAGGUCUGGCCAGGCCACAUAUUUAUUGUAGGGGCUGGUUUAUUUUUUGCGGGUGUUUUCCAACUAAGGUCAGAAAAGACUGAUCCACACAUUGCCUUAUUUCAAGCACUCAACCUUAGCUGGUAUUUCUUUCAAAACUUAAUAUUUAGCUGCUAUUAUACUUCACUAUCUGUCAUUUAGACAGAUCAGCUUGUUUAUAUCAAUGCUUCAGGUGUUUGCCCAGCACCUUUUUUUUGUGUGUAAAUUACUUUUUAAUCUAAAUUUUGCUAAGUGAAUGUAGUUUGGUCACCACAACCGACAGCCCUGCACUGUUUAUAGAGUGAAAAAUAAAUGUCUUAGUUUUAUAAAAUAUCCCUAAAGCACAAUGGAAUAAAAUAUUUAGUUUUGUACUUGUUUUUGGGGUCAGUUUCUGUAAAUGGUACUGUACAUACAAACCUUGGUAUUCCUCUGGCUGACCUUGAGCUAUUGCACAAAUUUGCAGUUAUACUGUAUCUCCAGUCUGAGUGCUCAAAAAAGGGCCAUACUGGGAAAUAAGUCAAGUGCUGGAAUAUUUCCAGUCUGUCGGGAUAAAGGUUGUAAGCAACUACAUUUUAUCAUUCACAGAACGCUACAAAACACAUUACUUUGUAUACAAAUAUUAAAAAAGAGCAUUUAUAACUGUGUGCCAUUCAAGGUCUUACUCUCUGAAUGUUUUAUUACUGUUUAAUAUUAAGAUCUAUCAGUACCUUAAAUGAGGCUUAGUUAUACUCGGACUGAAGAUCAUUUACUUCAGGACUGGCAACAUUCAUUAAAAAAUCAUUACCUUUCAUCUAAAUUAACGCCCCGUCCACAUUUAUCCUCUACGGUGUACGCUGUGCUUAGGGGAGAAAGGGCUGGCUUUCAGGUUAAGGCGCGUUCACCUCUGCUGCUCUCCUGUAAAUAUCAAACAAAGUGUUUGUACGUGAACAAGACAAAAGAACAUCUUAACUGAAACAAUUCAAGACAUUUGCCAGCUCUCUUACCUACAGUAUGUGGCUGCUUUUACAUCAGUUGACUCAAUAUCAUUUGUUAUUUUUCUUAUUUUAUAAAUGGUGUUCUGUUUCCAUUUUUUCUUGAAGAUUUUUAAUCUUUAUGAAAAAUCCAUUGAACAGAUUUAGGAAUAAACUGCAUGUAUCUGGCAGCAGUGAAGCUGUCACUAAUCUCUACAUUCCAGUAUUUCCUGAAAAUUGCCAAGUAAGGUGGCAUUUGAAAGCCCAAGUGUUGUCAUUCUAAGUCUGACUCUGAUCUUUGGUGCCACCGUGCAUAUAAAAGGGUCUGAGCAGGUCCUUUUGUACAUGUUCUGGCUGGAGUUUUGUACCAUUUUAAUACCAAACAUCAAACACCUUAAUACAAUAUAUUAAUGGGACUGUAUUUUUAUUUGAUUUUAUGAAGAAGUCAUACAUUAAAUUAUAUUCUCCCAAAAGUAAGAAGUAACAUUGCUGAAAAUGUAUUUUAACACACAAUACAUAAAUCUUUUUUUUUUGGCUCAUUAUUGUUUUAAAAAUCUGUUUUGUAGCAUUCAGUACUUAGCAGCCACUCAUCAGACAAAUUAUUUUGCAGAACUGUAUAUAAGCUCUAUUUUUAAGAACAUUGUGUACUUAGUCAUGGACUGUAUAA